AUGGGUUCCCUUGCUCUUUUCAGAAAGGAAGCUUACGUCAUCCCUGGAAUCCCCAGAUACCGGCAUCUGGAUUAUCAUCGGUGGCGGCAGGCAAAGAAGAAGCCCAGGUUGAAUCUACCUCAGAUUAAAAUUGCCUCAGGAAAGUGGCUAUCAAGGAGGAAGGCCAGUCCUAGAUCAGAGUUUACUAGAACAAAAUCGACAGCAAAGUCAGUGUCUACCUCUAGCACCGUGAAGAACCAGCCACAAAAGACAAUUGGGACUGAGAUGGAUCUGGAGACAGUCCAAGCCAGCAUCCGAGUACUAAGAGCAAUGAUUAAGUUAAGGAGAGCCUCGCUAGAAGAACUUAAAAAGCAUGUUACUUCCCUCACUAUUAGCAACCAGAAGCUGGCAAAAAAGAUCCAGGACAUAGAAGCUAAAACUGCAGACAAAGUGCGGAGGCUUCUACAGCAGCAAGACAUGUUUGGGACUCUUGUUGGUACUCUGGAGUACGCAAGCCAUAAGCAAAUGGAAGACAUGAAGAACAGCCUAGAGAAGUGGGAAGCCCAGGCAAAAGACAGAGUAAAUGAACUGCAGCAGCAGCUGACAAAGGUGAAAACAGGGAUUCGUAAGGCCCAAGACGAGCUGAAUUUCCUGACCACCUACAUGGAUCAUGAGUACCCAGUUAAGUCUGUGCAGAUUUCCAACCUCAUGCGCCAGAUCCAGGAUGUGAAAGAUAGCCAUGAGGAUGAACUAGAGGAGUUGGAGGAGAUACGUAAGGAUGUGCUUCACACAUUGUCACAGAAGCUAAUGAUGAAGAUGGAGAAGGUCUUAUAUAUCAUGUCCAAGAGAACCAUCCUUCCCUAUCAAGCUGCUCUUAUGAGGAAGACAAUAAGUAACCAGCAACUAUUGAGACAGACGGUCCAGUUCAGAGUGCACAUUGAGCAUAUGAAGAAGGAACUUCCCAAGCUAAAGACCCAGGUGGAGGAUCUCCAGAUGCAGAGAAAGGACUCACGGGAAGUGGUCUUUGCUAAUAUCCUGCUUCGAAAACCUAAGUGUACUCCAGACAUGGAUAUCAUCCUCAACAUCCCCCAGGAAGAAAUGCUUCCCUUUUAG